CGACGACGCCUGAUGCUCGGAUCGCAGUGUAUUCAAAAUGGCGGGUGACGCAGGAGCAAUAGACUUCUGCACGCUUGGAAUGUUUAUAAUUGACGAGAUCGAGUUCCCACCACCGAAACCGCCAGUCAAGGAUAUUCUCGGCGGCGCAGGCUCGUAUUCUGCGCUAGGAGCGCGCAUCUUCUCCCCGCCACCAAGAUCCAAAGCCGUGGGCUGGAUCGUGGACUGUGGCUCCGACUUCCCGCCCGAGCUCCGGGAAACCAUCGCCAGCUGGGACACCGGAGUCUUGAUCCGCGAAACGCCGCAUCGACUGACCACGAGAGGCUGGAAUGGCUACGGCGAGCAUGAGCACAGAGCCUUCCGUUACACAACCCCGAAACUGCGGCUCGAUCAACAUGCGCUGGCUAAUACCCAGCUGCUCUGGUCCAAGUCUUUCCACCUCAUCUGCUCACCGCUGCGUUGCAUUGACCUGGUGGAGAACAUUCUUGCGCUCCGCAAUCAAUCUGCGGAGAGACAGUUCCGGGAGCGUCCUUUGUUCAUCUGGGAGCCCGUGCCUGAUCUAUGCACGAAGACGGAGCUUGCGAAUUGCUUGCAGGCGCUGAGAUGCAUUGACGUCGUCAGCCCUAAUCAUUCAGAGCUUGGCGGCUUCUUUGGGGUGAACACCAACGCUCAGGACCAUGUUGACUAUCGCUCAAUUGAGGAGUUGUGUGAUAAAUGGUUACAGAGCGGAAUUGGGGCUGAAGGGCAGGGUGGAAUUGUCGUCAGGGCGGGCAAAGAUGGCUGCUUCGUUGCUCGCCAAGGUUUUCAAAAAUGGCUGCCCGCAUAUCAUCAGUCGGCACAGAUGGUAGUCGAUCCUACUGGCGGCGGCAACGGCUUUCUGGGCGGGUUAGCGAUGGGCUUAGUAAGGGGCGGUGCAGCCGUGGGAGUCGAUAAUCUUGAAGAAGCGGCAAUGUGGGGUUCGAUCUCAGCGAGCUUUGCUAUCGAACAGGUCGGCAUGCCGGUCCUGUCUCACACUCCAGAAGGCGAGACAUGGAACGGGAUUCGCGUUGAGAACAGGCUUUCAGAAUUCAGGAAAAGGCUGGAUGGAUAUGUACAGCCUUAG